CGCACGAAGCGUUGACGUUCGUCCGGCGAGAUCUAGGCACAGUUUCCCUUAAGCCGCUCUCGCGCGUUUGUCUGUUCUCGUCGCGUCGUGCAUCCUACCGAUUAUUAUUUUCUCCUCCUUUCCCCUCCCCCGUUCGCGCGCACGAGAUCGUCGGCACGGUGUGGAAGAAAGAAAAUUUCGAGCGGUAUACACAAUACCCUCGUGUCGUCGUCGUCGUCGUCGUCGUCGCAGUCGCCGCCGUCGUCGUCAUCGUCGCCGUAGUUUGUCGUUCGUCAUCGUCGUUGUUGUCGCAACGCCUAGUGCUCCAAUUCAAACGCGUCGCCCGCUAUUCAACGGAGGAUGGCAUUCAACGGAGACGGCCCGCACUCGAAAAGGCAGCGACUCGAGGAAUCCGGACAUAGGAAUCACGAAUAUGGCGGAUACGGAGACGAGCCGCGUCGCAAAAGAGAAGACAAUAACAAGCCGAACCAUGUCCUCCUCUUCACAAUUAUCAAUCCAGUUUAUCCCAUCACUGUGGAAGUGUUGCACACGAUCAGCGCGCCCAGCGGGCAGGUACAGCGCAUCGUAAUCUUCAAGAAAAAUGGUGUACAGGCCAUGGUUGAGUUUGACUCAGUGGAAUCAGCAACCAGAGCAAAAGAGACGCUACAUGGGGCGGACAUAUACUCCGGCUGCUGUACACUGAAAAUUGACUUCGCGAAGCCGACAAAGCUCAACGUCUACAAGAACGACGCUGAGAGCUGGGACUACACAACCCCGACACUGGGCUCGAGCACACACAAAAACGACGCGACAGGAAAUGGAAGACCCGCUCCCCUUUUGGCCGAACCAAGAUAUGGCGCUGCGCCCCAGCCAUACGGCUCCACGCCACAGGUCACUUUUCCGCCGGGCGCCGGUCACGAUCGUUACGAAGAGAACUUCAACGGACCGGCGACGUAUGCGGAGCCAUAUGUCGAGCGUUACGGUAUUAAGAGCGAUUUCAGCGGCCGCGAGCCAUUACAUCCUACGCCACCUCGACCGGGUUACGUGCCCACCCUGGGCCAAACGCCACCCUCGAGCACGCAGGGCUCAGUCAUGAUGGUGUACGGCCUGCAACCGGACAAAGUCAAUACCGACAAGCUCUUCAACCUGUUCUGCUUGUACGGCAACGUGACGAAGGUGAAAUUCUUGAAAACGAAGGAAGGAUGCGCGAUGAUACAGAUGGGGGACAGCAUAGCCGUCGAACGGUGUUUACAGAACCUGAAUAACGUCACGAUCGGGACGGACGGCAGGUUGCAGCUCGGCUUCUCGAAACAGGCCUUCCUUUCGGAUGUCACCAAUCCUUAUAUCCUACCCGACAAGACAGCGAGCUUCAAGGACUUCACGGGAAGCAAGAAUAACAGAUUCCUGAACCCCGCAAUGGCUAAUAAGAACAGGAUACAGCCACCGUCAAAAAUAGUUCAUUUCUUCAAUACCCCGCCUGAUCUAACCGAGGAAACAGUGAAUCGCGUAUUCGUAGAACGUGGCAUUGAAGCACCGACGACGAUCAAGCUGUUCCCUCUCAAAUCUGAACGAUCGUCAUCUGGUCUCAUCGAAUUUAGCAGCGUUGGUAUCGCGGUGGCCGCUAUCAUGGAAUGUAAUCACACAGCACUGGAGAACAGCAACGGCAAGUUCCCCUACAUCAUGAAACUCUGCUUCUCGUCGUCGCGCACCAUACCCACGAGCUUCCCGCCCAGCAGCGGCAGCGCGUCGAGCAAUUCCGCCGGUAAUGGCCACGUCAAAAUGCAGCAGGACUCGGAAUAGAACGGCGAGGUCCAGGGCCAGCAGCGUCAGCGUCAGCGCCAGCGCCCCUCACUCGCCGCCCUGCACCCGUUGUGUGCCCCCGCGACGGCGGGCACGGCCCUGCACCCCGCAGCCGCAAC